ACUAACUGGCUCCUCCCACACACGUGAUGGAGCACGUGGUGAUGACGUCACGGCAGGUCCUGCACCACGCUCCCUGAGAGCGGAGUCCCGUGUAUUAUCCGGUGUGGUGUCUCACGGACUCGGUCAUGGCGCAGGGAGCGCCGAAGCUGAAGGCAAAACCCAAGAAGAGCGGGGGCAAGAAGACUGUGGGGCUGAAGAAGGGGGCCCGAGUCAUCGCCCCCAAGAAAUCCCGAAUAAUUCACCAGCAGAAGCUUAAGAAGAACCUGGAAGUACAGAUCCGAAGUAAGAUCGAGCAUGACGUCACCAUGAAAGCCGCUGCCAACAUGCCCAAGAAACUCGCCCUCCUGAAGGCGCCGCAACAAGAUAAAUCAGAUAAGAGCGCCACCGCUGGAGGGAGCAAGGCAUGACGCACUGACGUCGCCGACCCUCCUCGCUCUUGUAUAUAUUAUGUUUUUGUAUUGGAGUUUCAUAAAUAAAUUAAAUUAUACAUGGCCCCUU